CAAAACGAGGCCACAGCGCUGCCAUCUAUGGUCGGUCCAUUAUCGCCCAUGCAGACGAAAAGAGAUUGAGACACAAGUUAGCUGGCACAUGAUAAUCUCAAACACAACAACUGUAAUAAGACAACUAUAUAAAGCCCAGUAGAGAGAAGUCAUAGACUGACGUGUGAUUGUGAAGGAGCAACAACCUUGUGAAGGAGCAAGAACCUACCAUAUACAUUGUUCAAUCGUCUCCAAUGAUUUGGAAGAUCUUCCUGAAAUGAGUGGAUGGUUAAGCAACUUGAGAUUGAUCCUGAGCACCACAGCUGUGGUUGUUCCAGUGACAGUUACUGUACUGGAUAUAUUUGGCUAUGUAGCUAGGGUAGAAGGUGCCUCGAUGCAACCAGCAUUGAAUCCGAAAGAGGAGAGAGGUGCAGAUUAUGUAUUUUUGAACAAAUGGAAGAUCAGGAACUACCAGUUUCAGAGGGGAGAAGUAGUUGCAUUGAUGAAUCCCGCUGAUCCUGAGCAGAAAAUGAUCAAGAGAAUUGUAGCCCUAGAGGGAGACACUGUCAAGACAUUAUCAUUUAAGAACAAGUACAUCAAAGUGAGAGAUGGCCAUUGCUGGCUUGAGGGGGACAACCAUUCACACAGCCUGGAUAGCAACUUAUUUGGACCUAUUAGCCAGGGUUUGAUUACAGCAAAAGCAUCACACAUUGUGUGGCCACCUCACAGAAUGGGGAGGCUGAGAGUUAUCGAGGAAAAUGAAAACAGAGUAACAAAACAUUCACUCUAUAAUCAAGAAAUUAUUAGACAAUUAAGAGAAAUUCGGGAAAUGGAACGAGAAGAUAUUUAGCAGGGAUAGAUAUAAAUAAAUCAAAGUGUUCAAUAUUUGCUGUGAAGUGUCAUAUCAAACACCUAAAAGCAUGCACCCUCCUACAGAAGCAAGGGUUUCACUAGAAUUUCACA